CGGGAAGGUGGGGCGAGCGGAGGCUGGCGGAACCGCGGCACCGAGACCCGGGCGCGGGAGCUGGGCCUAGAUUCGCGCGCUGGCAGCUGUGUCUGUGUGUGCGUCUCGGAGAAGUAGGGCCCCCUGGGAACGAUGCCACCACCAUCAGACAUUGUCAAAGUGGCCAUCGAGUGGCCAGGUGCUAAUGCUCAGCUCCUUGAAAUUGACCAGAAACGGCCCCUGGCAUCCAUCAUCAAGGAAGUUUGUGACGGGUGGUCGUUGCCAAACCCGGAGUAUUACACCCUCCGCUACGCCGACGGCCCCCAGCUCUACAUCACGGAGCAGACUCGCAGUGACAUUAAGAAUGGAACAAUCCUACAGCUGGCUAUCUCCCCGUCCCGGGCUGCACGCCAGCUGAUGGAGAGGACCCAGUCGUCCAACAUGGAGACCCGGCUGGAUGCCAUGAAGGAACUGGCCAAGCUGUCUGCUGACGUGACCUUCGCCACCGAGUUCAUCAACAUGGAUGGCAUCAUCGUGCUGACACGGCUCGUGGAAAGUGGUACCAAGCUCUUGUCCCACUACAGUGAGAUGCUGGCAUUCACCCUGACUGCCUUCUUAGAGCUCAUGGACCAUGGGAUUGUCUCCUGGGACAUGGUUUCCAGCACCUUCAUUAAGCAGAUUGCAGGGUACGUGAGCCAGCCCAUGGUGGAUGUGUCAAUCCUUCAGAGGUCCCUGGCCAUCCUGGAGAGCAUGGUCUUGAACAGCCAGAGUCUGUACCAGAAGAUAGCUGAGGAGAUCACCGUGGGACAGCUCAUCUCUCACCUCCAGGUCUCCAACCAGGAGAUUCAGACCUACGCCAUUGCACUGAUUAAUGCACUUUUUCUGAAGGCUCCUGAGGACAAGCGACAGGAUAUGGCCAAUGCAUUUGCACAGAAGCACCUUCGGUCCAUAAUCCUGAAUCACGUGAUUCGAGGGAACCGCCCAAUCAAAACUGAGAUGGCCCAUCAGCUGUAUGUCCUGCAAGUCCUGACCUUUAACCUCCUGGAAGAAAGGAUGAUGACCAAGAUGGAUCCCAGUGACCAGGCUCAAAGAGACAUUAUAUUUGAACUGAGGAGGAUUGCAUUUGAUGCCGAGUCUGACCCCAGCACUGUCCCUGGAAGUGGGACUGAAAAACGCAAAGCCAUGUACACCAAGGACUACAAAAUGCUGGGAUUUACUAACCAUAUCAACCCAGCAAUGGACUUCACCCAGACUCCUCCUGGAAUGCUGGCCUUGGACAACAUGCUGUACUUGGCUAAAGUCCACCAGGACACCUACAUCCGGAUUGUCUUGGAGAACAGCAGCCGAGAAGACAAACAUGAAUGUCCCUUUGGCCGCAGUGCCAUCGAGCUCACCAAAAUGCUCUGUGAAAUCCUACAGGUUGGGGAACUACCAAACGAAGGACGCAACGACUACCACCCGAUGUUCUUUACCCAUGACCGGGCAUUCGAAGAGCUCUUUGGGAUCUGCAUCCAGCUGUUGAACAAGACCUGGAAGGAGAUGAGGGCAACAGCUGAGGACUUCAACAAGGUUAUGCAGGUAGUCCGAGAGCAGAUCACUCGAGCUUUGCCCUCCAAACCCAACUCUUUGGAUCAGUUCAAGAGCAAACUCCGUAGCCUGAGCUACUCUGAGAUUCUGCGACUGCGCCAGUCUGAGAGGCUGAGUCAGGAUGACUUCCAGUCUCCGCCAAUUGUGGAACUGAGGGAGAAGAUCCAGCCCGAGAUCCUUGAGCUGAUCAAGCAGCAGCGCCUGAACCGGCUCUGCGAGGGCAGCAGUUUCCGGAAGAUCGGGAAUCGCCGAAGGCAAGAACGUUUCUGGUACUGCCGCUUGGCCCUGAACCACAAGGUCCUGCACUAUGGUGACUUGGAUGACAACCCGCAGGGGGAAGUGACAUUCGAAUCCCUGCAGGAGAAAAUUCCUGUUGCAGACAUCAAGGCCAUUGUCACUGGGAAAGACUGUCCCCACAUGAAAGAGAAAAGUGCCCUGAAGCAGAACAAGGAGGUGUUGGAAUUGGCUUUCUCCAUCCUGUAUGACCCUGAUGAGACCUUAAACUUCAUUGCACCUAAUAAGUAUGAGUACUGCAUCUGGAUUGAUGGCCUCAGUGCCCUUCUGGGGAAGGACAUGUCCAGCGAGCUGACAAAGAGUGACCUGGACACCCUGCUGAGCAUGGAGAUGAAGCUGCGGCUUCUGGACCUGGAGAACAUCCAGAUUCCUGAAGCGCCCCCGCCGGUGCCCAAGGAGCCCAGCAGCUAUGACUUUGUCUAUCACUACGGCUGAGCCCCAAGCCAGCGUCGGCGGCACCCGGGAAGGGAUUUUGGGCCCAGGAGAAACACUCACAGUCUGGUGCCUUGUCUUCUGCUUGUACAGAAUCUGUAGUGACCGUGGUGGCCAGUAAAUGCCAGCCAUUCCUCAAACCCACCUUGGGCCACCCGGAGCUUCCUCUUGGUCCCUGGCCACGCUGAGUCAUGAAGGCAGGGUGCUCCUGGGAUCAGGUCAUGAGGAAUGAACAGCAGACGCCCUUGCCCUCCAGGCCAAGGAACUGCUUCUUGAGCUGGAGUUAACAACAGCCACUCACCUUUUCUCCCUGAGCCCGCUCUCCAGAUGGCUGGGCCUCCGUGGGGGCAAGAGCCGGCCUAGGAAAGGCUGCCUGCUGAGGACAGACGUGCCGGGCCUGAUGAGUCUUGGAGGGACGGACUCUGGGUGACCUGUGCCCGUGUCUCAGAUCCAAGUGGAGGCCUUGGCCUUUCCCGAGGAGACGCCUGCCCUUGCCCUUGCCGCCGCGAGGGCUCGCUCCGGCCUCAGACAGCGCCCACAUGCUGCUGCUGCUGCUGCACAGGGCUAGCUCCGACACCUCUGGUCUCUGGAGCCACCAGGUCCCUCUUGCCCCUUCGGUUGUCUGGGCAGAUGGAAAUUUCUCCCUGCAACCUCUCUCAGCUUCUCAUCCUGGCGAGUCAAAGGCAUUUGACUUAAGAGGGCUAAGCCCCACCCUCUGUCUCAAGGAACUCUGCAGGGAGAGCGCAGAUGAGGCGUGGGCCUAGGCUGUGGUGAGCUCACGAGAUUCUACUCCCCUCUCCCCCCACAUUUAUCUCUUUCCUCCCUUGGGGGGAAAUCUCCCACCGAACCUGAAUUGCAUCCCCUCCAGUGUGCUCCCCUCUGGCCUUCCAGACCUCAGGAAGUCGGCCUUCCCAUCCUCCCUCUCCCAGCGCUGUGGUUUCUGCCAUUGGCCAUGAUUUCAGGGAGCUGGUUGAGGCCAGCUGAGGCCACAUCCAUGCCAAUGGGGCUUCCCUGGUGCUGUAGCACUUGUAAACCACAUGCACAGCCUCUCUUCAUGGACAAGUGAACACAGGUGGCAUUCAGUGUUGGUAACCUGGCAUUGUAGGUACUACCCAAUCAAGAGUGUACUAUAUAUUUUCUUUACUGUAGGCCAUACUUAUACACACAUGUAUAUAUAUUUAUAUUAGAUCUACCGAUCCUAGGAUGGAAUGUUUGAGGGAAAAUUAAAUUAGAGGCCAGAAAAAAGUAACACUUCAGUUGUGAACCAAGAUUGUAACCUGAGAGCAGCCAGGAGUUUCCUGUCAGUAACCAUGUUUUCAAUAAAUACUCUUUCACGUACAAA